AUGAGAUCGCAGCUCCUGAUUUCAGUCGCCCACCUUCCCACCAUCAGCGAGGACGCGGAGACGAAUUCCCAGCGCGGGGACGGCGGGGCAGACAUGCGCCCUUCCAACGGGCUGGAGGAGUACGUCAAGUCCAUCCAGACGCUGGCCCAGCCGAGCUCCGUACUGAGUCUCACCACGCAGCAGGGACCGGCCAGGAGCCAGCGGAGGAGCCGCCAACACCUCCGACCGCCGAGGUCCUGCGAUGGAAAGGUCCGGUCCCCGGCGCCGGACGCCACCGGUCUGCAAACCAACGGCGACCCGCUUGCCUGGCUGUACAGACAGAGUGGGAAAGAGAACGCGGACUCUCCGAUCGUCUGCCACUCGCUCGGUCCCCUGGGCCAUCAUAAAGCGACGGUGGCUUCCAAGAGGCAGCCCUGCGGCAGGGACCAGAGCGCCGAUAUACAGCGGGCGGCGGAGCGGAGGAACAGGCCUCAUCGCCUCCAGAAGAGAUGCCGGCUUACCGGUACCGGGGCCACCAGGAGACUCUCCGCCCCGCAGCUCCCCGUCAUCUACGAGCUGUGAUCUAGAACCAGCGUGGACUUCUUUAUUUAUAAACGGGCUUUCUCUACCUUAGAGAGGGCGCCUCUGUUUUGAAGACUUGGACUGAUGCACUUUAAUUUAUUUUAUUAUUUUUUUAUUUGUCCCUAAAUAAUUUAUGGUUUUCAGAGGAUUUGGGUUUUUUUUACAAUAAAAACGGUCUGAAUACGAAGGAAAA